AUGGCGGCGAUGGCAGUGUUCCACAGCAGGACAGGGACACUUGUCACACUGAGCAAUGGCAAUCGCACCGCCCAGAGAAACCAUCCCACUCAGGAAUUUAACAACGGGGUUGUACUUAGUGCAGAUCCGCUGCGGGAUAACCAAAUUUUUGAAGUCAAAAUUGAUAAAAAGGUUAAUUCUUGGAGUGGUUCUAUAGAGAUUGGAGUGACGACAUGUGACCCCAACAACCUAAGUUUCCCCAUCAGUGCCACAGGAUUCCGGGAAGGCACAUGGGUCAUGUCUGGAAGCUCCAUCCUCAAAGAUGGACACUCGAUGAUCGAGGAAUAUGGGCGGGACUUAGAUCAACUAUCAGAGGGAGAUCGUGUUGGGGUGAUGAGAUCAGCUCAGGGUGUUUUACAUUUCUAUGUGAAUGGAAUGGACCAAGGCCCUGCUGCUACUGGGAUUCCUACCCGAGUGUAUGCUGUUGUGGAUAUGUAUGGGAAAUGUGCACAGGUGUCAAUAGUGGACUCAAAUAGCAGAGAUGCAGCCUGUGCUGUGAAUGCUGCCAGAAUAACUAAUGACAUUGCCAAUGAGCUUGCGAACGAGUUCCUCGCGGAGUUAUCCAAUCAGAUUGCCAAUGACCUGGCUGCCAGUCGGGAUUUCGGAGCUGGAGUGGAUGAUGAUCGGCAUCAUUCUAACGACCGGCUCACUUUUCAUGAACGCUGUGGAACGCUUGUAAAACUGAGCAACAGUCGCCGAACAGCAGAACGACGCCGACCUAUGGAUGAGUUUAAUAAUGGCGUUGUAAUGACCAACAGACCACUGAGGGAUGAGGAGGUGUUUGAGAUUCGACUAGAUCGCCUCGUGGACAAGUGGUCAGGGUCUAUAGAGGUGGGCAUCACUACACACAACCCAAACAACCUGGAGUUUCCAGCCACCAUGACCAACAUGAGGUCUGGCAGCACUGCUGGUACAAUAAUGAUGAGUGGCUGUGGUAUUCUGACCAAUGGCAAGGGGACAAGGAGAGAGUAUGGCCAGUAUAACCUAGAUGAACUCACGGAAGGCGAUAUUAUUGGCCUGGUGAGGAAGUCAUGCGGUGCCCUUCAUUACUUCAUCAACGGUGUGGAUCAGGGUAUUGCUGCUCCAAGCACACCCAGACCUGCCUGGGGCGUGGUAGACCUGUAUGGAAUGGCUGUUAAAGUGACGAUGCUGGACCGAGCAGACCCAACUUACCCCAACAACCCUCCUGCCCCAGAGCGGAGAGCCAACAGCAUCUUCCGUCAGUAUCCUGAUAUGUAUGAUGAAGAACCAUUAGAAGAAGAAGAUGGAGAGAAGCUGCUGUUCAACGCACAUUGUGGAGCUCAUGCUGCCGUCAUCAACAACCACCGAACUGCUCACAGGCCGAAUGCUCUAGAUGACUUCAACAAUGGUGUUGUGCUCACAAAUCGAUGUUUGCGUGCCAAUGAAGUUUUCGAAGUUCGACUGGAGAGAAUGGUUGACAAGUGGGCGGGGUCUAUUGAGAUCGGGGUGACGUUACACUCCCCCGAGGAACUAGACUACCCCUCCACUAUGACCAACAUGCGCUCCGGCACCUGGAUGAUGACUGGGAACGGCGUCAUGCACAACGGAACAACCAUUAUUGAUGAAUAUGGUCAAAACUUGGAUCGCUUAAAGGUGGGAGACAGAGUGGGCGUCGUCCGCAAACCAGAUGGAACGUUGCACUUCUUUGUCAAUGGAGUUGACCAGGGUCCAGCAGCAUCCAGUGUUCCUGAGAUGGUAUAUGGGGUCAUUGACCUGUACGGUCAAGCAGCACAGGCUACAAUAGUGGACCAGUCAGAAGUGCUAAGUUCUCCUGACCUCGAGUCCAGUGUGUUCACCGAUGUUGAUGAUGUUCGGUUCCACCACCUGCACGGCCACAAUGCAACUGUCCUCAACAACGGCAAGACUGCCGCCAGACCAAACGCUACCGGAGAGUUCAACGAUGCAAUCGUGAUGAGCAGUCGUCCAUUGAGAGACAAUGAGCUGUUUGAGGUGGUCAUUGAGAGGAUGGUUGACCGGUGGUCAGGGUCCAUAGAAGCAGGAGUGACUCUCAUUAAGCCCGAGGACCUGGACUUCCCCAACACCAUGACCGACAUCGAGUACGACACAUGGAUGCUCAGUGGGUCAGCGAUCAUGCAGGAUGGUUCUACAAUCAGAAACGGGUACCCACUUGAUCUGGAUGCCAUCGUUGUGGGAUCACGCAUCGGCAUGAUGAGAUGCUCUGAUGGCAGUCUGCACUUCUUCCUGAACGGAGAGGAUCAGGGCGUGGCAUGUCAGGACAUAGCCCCAGGUGUGUACGCCGUGGUUGACCUGUAUGGUCAGUGUGCCCAGGUGAGCAUCACCAGCGGGUCAGGUGUGCUUCCGACAGACAACCAUAUCGUCAUAGCUGACAUUGAACAGAGUCUUUCAUCAGCUCUUAAUUCAGAAAUAACACACAGAUUUAGUAAUUGUUGUGGGAAGAAUAUUGUGAUAAAGAACAAUGGCUGCACAGCUAACCGAGUGAGGAACUUCAACCACGGGGUGGUGUUCAGCUCUGAGCCACUCAAGUAUGAUGAGCUAUUUGAGAUCAAAGUUGAGGAGGUGUCCAACCAGUGGUCUGGGUCAAUACAUAUCGGCCUGACAACCAUGGCCAUCUCGGACUCUACCCCCCUCUCUCAGAUCCCAGCCAGCGCGGAGGAGAUCACCUCAAAGGUCACAUGGAUUGUCUCAGGAUCGGAGGUGAAGAAGUCAGGGAAAACUAUCAAAGAAAACUAUGCCCCAUCUCUGGAGAGAUUAGAGGUGGGAAACAGAAUCGGUAUCCGCAGGUGUUCGGAUGGCACUCUUCAUAUCUAUCUAAAUGGGGAGGAUCUUGGAAUAGCUGCUUCCAACAUUCCAAAGAAUGUGUUUGCUGUGAUAGACCUGUAUGGAUCGGUGGAAUCUGUCAGUAUUAUCAGCAGUGCAAUAGCUGAGACCCCCAGUACCCCCAAGUCUCCCCCUGUCAUCCUGGACCAAGUGGAUUCCCAGGCUGAUCGAGACCAGGACCACGACACAAUGGCAGCAAGUGUUACCAGUUUCCAUGGUAACCAUGGGAAGAAUAUUCUGCUGAGCAACAACAACCUGACAGCACGCCGGGUGGCCAGCUACAACCAGGGCAUCGUCAUGUCACACAAACCUCUCACACGCAAGAAACUGUUUCAGGUUCGGAUUGACAAGCUCAAUCACCGCUGGAGUGCCUCCUUGAUGUUGGGCGUCCUUGGCUUCUCCUGCGAACGCUACAACUUCCCUGUCUCAGCCAUCAGUAUUAAAAAGUCAUCACUAGUCGUACAUGGGGACAGUGUUUCUCUCUGCGGGUGCAAGGUGCGAGACCGCUUGGCCUGCAACUUGGAUAGCCUACAAGUGGGACAGUACGUGGGUCUACUGGUUGAUGACGAGAACUGCCUCCAUCUCUACAUCAACGGAGUCGACCAGGGUGUUGCAGUCAGAGACGUCCCUACACCUUGUUUCUGAAUGAUCGACUUGUAUGGCCAAUGUGAACAGGUGACAAUAGUAAGUGAGGAAGGGAACAUGCCGCCCCUCAACGUUGGCGACGACCGAGAGAAGGCAGACAUUGAUGAUGUGGUGAAGGAGAAGCAGGGAGGCAGGAUGGUGUGUGACCUGUCAGUCAUGAGGAACUGUGAAUAUCAGAAUCUUUGCUCAAGACUACGCACGUCAUUGGGCUUACCAGAUGGGUAUUUCGACAUGCAGUACAACAUGUGCUACUGUGAGACCUGUCAUAAGAUGAGGGGAGACGACUUCUACGUGCGGAGGGGGGAUCCCCCCAGUGAUUAUGCUAUACCUUUCGGCUGGUGCCGAUUUGUGCUCAGAGCUCCCUGUAAAGCCCACUCACUGAAUGUGUUUGAGAAGUGGCACGCUGCGUACCAUGGGACCAGGGUGGAGGUGGUGAGGCGGAUUCUGGACUACGGUGAUCUCUUACUGCCAGGUGACCCAGCAGGGGGGAAGAGCAUCCUCAUUCCACAGCCACAGGUGUUCACAGAGAAAGCCAAGCCAGACAGCUUCGGGGGCCAGCAGAUCUUCUUCUCCCCUACAAUACGAUACGCAGGAUCCUCGGAGUUCGCACCAAAACACAGAUUUACAGACAUCAAAACCAAGAAACUGUACCAGGCACGAGUUGCAUUCCAGGUGUGGGUGAAACCAGGGUCGUACAAGGUCGGCCCACAGACCAUAGAGGCCAGCGACCCCAUCGAUCCCAAGUUUAACAACAGCGAGCUGGAGUGGUCCACGAAGGAGCGAGGCUCCACCAUGUUGUAUGCCCUGCUGUUGAGAGUGGAAUGAACAAAGUGAUGUGUGUGAGAGACCUGAGAGAAGUGUAUUCAUCUUUAUGGCUGUGAACCAAAUAGGAUCUGAUGGUCUUCAUUACAUCUACUUAUGUGAACAUGUAUACUGUUGGAUAUAUAGCUGGAACACUGAUGACUUGAUACAGUACUUAACCCUAUACCUCAAACUCUCCGGAUCAUGUUUCGAACAAAGUGACAAUCUGUGUGGUCAUCAGAGUAGAGGAAGGGGUUGUGAUCACUCAUACUCCAAUCAGGCUUCAAGACUUGUUCCUGGAGAUCUAAUGUGGUCUUGAUGCCAAUUGUACUCUUGAGAAAUAUUAGUGAAUCCAUUCUUGAAGGAUGUAUUGAGGAUGUUCAGAGGAUGUUUAAAACAGAUGGAGGAGACUGCCCAGUGUUCAGAUUCAAGCAUUAUCAACCUGUUGAAGAUUAUAUGUGGGAUUAGCACUUAACCCAGGCAUGUCAUUCUGGUAGUGAUUCUAGUGUCAUGUUACCGAAUCAGCUUAUAACCCUGGGUCUCAUU